AUGGAAAGCUUGAAGUUUGUUUGGGUCCUGUUGCUGAUGGGGAUGGCAGUCUCCGGUGUGUCCGGGGGGUCGUUCCUGAUCGAGUCCAACUGUUCACUGUGUCAGACCAUUCCUGUUCCGACAGCGAGUGACUUUGCCCUUAUGUUGGCCGAUCUGUUUGACUCAACCGUUUACGAUAGCCGAGUAUUCCCCCGCUUGAUGCAGAACGAGACAAUAUACGUUGACGUCACUUUCCAACUGUACAAAAUUACAGACCUGGAUGAGGUGUCCGGGGUGAUGAACUUAAUGGCCAAAGUAACCGUCAUCUGGAGGGACGAGUACCUAACUCAGAAGUAUAUCCCCGGUCAUCAUAAACCGUACGAGAUGGACUCCCUACAGCCCGACGUCUGGGUCCCGCCCGUCACCAUCUUUAACUCUGUAAAGGGUCUGAAACCAAUAUAUGACAAGAACUACCACGUUAAGACCAUUCUGGCCGCAGCCAAAAACUACUGGCGAGCUGGAGUGACCACCGCCACUGGAUGUUCGGUGGACGCUUCUUACUAUCCAUUCGACAGUCAGUCUUGUGAGCUUAUACUGACUAUGUGGGAUUACACAGCAGAGGAGGUCAUGUUCGACAAUUCAGCCACCGAACUGGACACUGAGUACUACGAUGAAAACGAGGAGUGGGAUCUUGAGGGGUCAACAGUGACAACUUAUAACUCGUCUAACAAACCGUUUAGAAGGUAUGUGCUUAAUUUGAAAAGAAGGCCUGUGUUCUUCAUUGUGAACAUGAUCAGUCCCCUCGUGCUGGUAGGACUCCUCAACAGCCUCGUUUUCGUCUUACCUGCAGAUGCUGGCGAAAGAAUAGGAUUUGCUGUUAAUGUGUUUCUAACCUUUGCCGUAUUUUUAACAAUUCUGGCCGAAAAUUUGCCAAAGACUUCCCAACCGUUGGCCACGUUAAGUUACUAUCUUUCCUCUAUGUUGGCCAUGAGUAGUAUGUCGACGCUAGUCACCAUUUUUACUCUCCGGAUACACGACAAGGAUGAGGAAUCCACAGUUCCUUUCUACGUCGCAGCCCUAGUGGCCACAAUGACUUUCCGUAUAUGUAAAGAAAAGUACAAAAACCCGGAAAAACCUGAACCUAAAGCGCCCCCACCAAAACCAAAGCCGGUUGCUACAGGGCCUGAAGACAAAAGUCGUCCACCCUCAAGCAUGGCACCUAGUGCUGCGCCAAGUCGGAUGGGAAUGGAGGGCGGCCUGGACCCCCUAGAUGAGGUGAAGAAGCCCCUGUCACAUCCAACGCAAGCGGUUGUCGUGGAUGAUGAGAGCGAUGAUGAAGAAGAAGAUCAGCAACCGGAAAUUAGAUAUGGUGUUACAUGGAAAAUCGUUGCACAAACGUUUGACAAAUUCUUUUUCGUUGUAUUUAGCAUUGGGAGUGUGGCGCUUUCAAGUGUGUUUCUCGUCCCGCUCUUCUCCAGGGCAUGA